AUGGGAAGAUAUUCUGUUAAACGUUACAAGACGAAGAGAAGAACAAAGGAUCUUGAUUUGAUCUAUGAAGAGCUUACAUCUCAAAAGCAAAUUGAUAGUCUCCUGAAUCAGCCGAUAGAUGAAACUAAACCGGGUCUAGGGCAAUACUACUGCAUACACUGUGCUAAAUAUUUCGAAACUGCAUAUGCCUUAAAGACUCAUUUGAAGACUAAAAUCCAUAAGAGAAGGGUGAAGGAAUUGAAAGGUGUUCCAUACACUCAACAGGUAGCAGAUGCUGCUGUUGGGUGUGGUGUGAACUCGUUCUUGGCUAGAGUAGAGCAGAUCAAAUCUCAAAUUGGUCCUCAAAAGGAGGAAAACGAAAAGAUAUUAACCUCACAUCUUGAUACCACUUUGGCCAACGUCAGCACAACAGAAUCCACUUUGCCAUACCUUGAUGGUGCAGUACAGGAACAAGCACAGCAAGAAGCUGUAGUUGCUGAAGGGGAAAUUCAAAUGGCUGAUUAG